AUGAGUAAAACUGAACAUAACGGGCCCCAUGCUCCCUUCAGAUCAUUCUCUGCUCUGUCGUCGACAUCUCUUCAUUCAUCGCUACCAUCCACCUCCAGUAUUACGAGGAUUUCGUCUGGCCCACUCAACGCGAUGAGUAUGUCCAUGAACAGACAAGGCAGUGCUCAAGAGCAUUUGUACUACCAGUGUGAGAUCUUGAAGCUCAAGUUGGCCAAGGUGCCAGGCAUGGCCCCCUUCUUGUCGACAAGUUUCAAUCAGGCCGAGCUGUGUGCUGAGCAGCAGGCGCUAGCUUUGGCCCAGCAGUUGCAAUACGACGCAGCUACCGGUACCAAUGGUGGAAUUCGUAAAUCAUCGAAUAAUGGGAGCACAAGCAACGGAAUAGGAUCCAGUUCCACCGCUAACAACACCGUCAACUCAUCGAAAGCACUAAAUGGAACUGGUGGGAUUGUAGGAGAUAGAGGUUCAGUCACGUCCCAAAAUUUCUCAAUUCACUCAGACAGCUCUACAAACCUAUUUCCGUCACCCUCAGCAUCACCUUCCUCGAAUAAUAACGUUUUCACUUUCACAGCAGGUGUGCUCCCGGCCACGCUGAGCGCUGACCCUGUCACGCAAAUCUGGAAAUUGUUCCAACAGGGAGCUCCGCUUUGCUUAGUAUUCAACACCGUGUACAAGCAGAAAGAGUGCCACCUUCAAGUAAUACCUUCUGAUGAUUUAAGAAUCUGUAAAAAAUCAGUUUAUGAUUUCCUUAUUGCAGUGAAAACGUAUUUGAAAUUUGACGAUGAAAGCAUGUUCACCAUUCUGAAUGUAUUUCUGGACUCUACGCACGAUCUCAUUAAAAUCGUCAAGGUUAUAAAUCGAGUUUUGGCAGCCAUCGAGGUAGACGAACAAGGAAUAGGUGAAGUUCUUAUCACAGACGACAGAUCUAAGGUUUUGAAGGAGUUGAUUGAGACUGAAAGGAAGUAUGUGCAAGAUUUAGAACUCUUGUUGAAAUAUAAAGACGAAUUAUCUAACGCAGAAUUGAUGUCCAACGAUCAGAUCCAUGUGUUGUUCCCAAAUUUAAACGAGAUCGUUGAUUUCCAGAGGAGAUUCUUGAUUGGUUUAGAAUGUAACAAUAAGGUACCCAAUAAGUAUCAAAGAAUCGGAUCUAUAUUCAUACACGCAGCUAGCGGACCCUUCAAAGCCUACGAACCCUGGACUAUAGGGCAGUUGGCUGCUAUAGACCUCAUUAACAAGGAAGCUUCUAAUUUGAAAAAGUCUUCAACAUUAUUGGACCCAGGAUUUGAGUUACAAUCUUACAUCAUUAAACCCAUCCAGAGAUUAUGUAAAUAUCCACUCUUGUUGAAAGAGAUAAUUAAAUUAAGUAAUUCGGAUGGAGGAGACAACAGUAAUGGUAAUGGCCUGCUUAAUGAGUUAUCUAUGGCUCAAACAUCUAUGAAAGAAGUCGCCAAUCAAGUGAAUGAAGCCCAGAGAAGAGCAGAAAAUGUUGGUUAUUUACACAGCCUUAUAGAUCGUGUAAGUAACUGGAGAGGUUUUAACUUGAAGGACCAAGGAGAAUUGUUGCACCACGGUGUGGUAAGUGUGAAGGAUCUGGACGUGGAAAAGGAGUACGUUGCGUAUUUAUUCGAAAAAAUCAUAUUCUUCUUCGUGGAAGUCAAUAAUACGGCUAACAUGACUAAAAAAGAGAAGAAGAACCUAUUGCAAACGCGGAAGAAAUCUCAAAGUAAUGCAAGUGAUAGUUUCAAUAGUAUAGAAGGGAUUGGAGGUGCUGGUUCACUUGGAGGAGUAUCCUCGUCCACUGCAAACUUACUUGAUUCACUUAAUCAUGCCAAGGAUAAGGCUCCGUUAGAGUUAAAGGGUAGAGUUUAUAUACUGGAAAUUUACAAUAUAUCCACGCUCAACCAGCAGGGAUACACUUUGGUGAUUUCCUGGUCCGGUAAAAAGGAAAGUGGAUCAUUUCUGUUACGCUACAGAACUGAAGAAAAUAGAAACCAAUGGGAGAAUUGCUUAAGAAAUUUGAAAGCUAUUGAAAUGAAUAACCAAAUCCAUAGAAAGCUUAAGGAUAGCCAAGGAUCUGCAAGCAAUCACAACAAUAAUAUUACAGCAAACAAUAGUCUCAGCAAUAAUACCAGUGGGAACAACUCCACGGAAUAUGAUUAUAAUGACACUACUACAGCUACUUCAGCCAAUACUACUGGCUCUAGUAGACAAUCGUACUCAACAGACCAACGUCAUCAUUCAUCAUCUUCAACAUUCAGUAUGAUGAGAUUCAGUAAAAAUCCGAAGAAUACAUCCGAAGCUUCUAGACAGUCUUCCUCUUCUAGUACAGUAAACACUAUCUCUGAUAAGUUCUCGGCAACUACAUUGAAUGAUAAUUCAUUUCUGUCAACUUCAAGCAAUUCGAUGUCAUCUACCUCAAUAACAAUUAAGCUCAUAUAUAACCACAUGGAAAUCAACGAGUUCCUCGUGCCCUCAAAUGUGCAAUUCCCAGAGUUGAGGCUGAAAAUCUCAAUUAAAAUUAGCUCUCAAACAAGCGAAGACAUUAUGAUCAAUAAGUUGAAGUACAAGGAUGAAGAUGGCGAUUUUGUGGUAAUGGAUUCCAACGACGAUUGGGUUUUGGCUAUAGACAUGUUGGAUGAAUUGAAUUCGAGAGAUGAUAGAUCGUUGACCAUAUGGGUUAGUUAA